AUGGGUGAAAAAAGUGAUAAAACCGUGGAACUUACUGAUAUUAAUCACCAAAAAAUUGAAACUACUGAAACUGAAGAAAAAAGUUCAAUAACAGAACCGGUGUCUUGUGCUCAAAGAAUUCGCAUGUUAUUUAAUUUUUUUACUGUUGAACCAUUUUUACUGUGCUACGUCUUGCCAAUAGCUAUAUCCGGGCUAGCAGUACAGAAGUUAAAUUUAGAUAAAGCUUGCCAAGCAGACUUAGGUCUCUCCGCAGAAAUUUGUCUUAGAGCUGUAAACGGAGACGUCACUGAGAACGACACCUUGGGUUCAGGCGCGCAAUUAAAUUCAUCUAUAUUAGUAGCAGAUAUGACUGCAUGGCAGCAACCUUUGCAGAGUGUUAUACCUGCUAUUGUUAUAUUAAAUGUAGGAGCAUGGAGUGACAAAACUGGAAACAGAAAAGCAUUGCUAUUAAUACCUGUUAUUGGCGAAAUAAUUUCAUCAAUUGGACUUCUGCUCGCCACAUAUUUUUUUCUUGAAUGGCCUUUGUGGGCAACGGCUUUGAUUGAAGCUUUGCCCUCGGCAUUAACAGGCGGAUAUGCUAUUGCGUUGAUGGGCUCAUACAGUUUGAUAGCAGACAUGACGUCAGUUGACUCACGUACAUUUAGGAUAGGAAUGGUUGGAAUUAUCGUAACGUUGGGAGUCCCAGUUGGCACGUCUAUUAGUGGUGUAUUAACUGAAGCUGUUGGCUAUUACGGAAUAUUCAGCAUCAAUUUGGCGUUGUACAUUAUUGGAUUUCUGUAUACGUUAUUUCGGAUUAAGAAUGUAAGAACAACAAAAGUGGAAGGAACUUUAGCACAUAUUAUCAUCAUGGGUCCGGUUUUUGGUGAAGCAGCAGUACUCUUUUUAUACUUCCUCAAUAGGUAUCACAUGGAUGUAGUGGAUUUCAGUUUUUUUAGCACUUAUUCAAUACUAAUGGGAACUGCAGGGUCCGCGGUUGCUGUUACACUAUUCAGCAAGAAAUUGAAAAUGCAUGACAGUUUUCUCGGCUUAAUAGCGACAGUUUGCAAGACUAUUUCAGGAUAUGCGUAUGCCCUGGUGCCGAAUAGAGAUUGGUUAUACGCAGUACCAGUUUUAGACUUUUUUGGUAAUUCCGGGGCUAUAGCCAUCAGGUCUCUGGGUACUAAGGUUGUGGACCAGGAUAAAGUUGGUAAAAUGUGCUCGCUAAUAGGAUUUGUCGAAACACUUAUACCAGUCAUAUACAUACCCUUAUACAGCAAACUAUUCUCAUAUACUCUGGAAACCCUCCCUGGAGCUGUAUAUCUUCUGGGUGGAACUAUGACCAUACCAGCUUUUAUUAUAUUUUUAGUUCUAUACAGUAUACAUAGAAAACAAAGAAGAGAUGUAGUAAAGAACCCCGGCGAAAAAGAGAUGCACGCUCACGACAAUUAUAUCACUUCACUAUAG